GCAAAGUUUAGGUGCAGCGAUUGUGGUCCAAUGGCAAAGUACUGUGAGAACUGUAUGUUAAAGAUGCACACAACCGUAAAUAUUUGUCAUCAUGUUGAAAUAUUUAAGGAUGGCAUGUUUUGGCCAUAUAAACUCAUGAACAUGCUGGUGUAUGAUUGUUCAUGCCAAACAGCUCGUCACAAAAGAAGUGUUUCUGUUGUUGAUGUUAAAGGCACCUUUUGUACUGUUGAGGUACAGUUUUGCUCAUGCUCUUCCGAGUUUGUUCAACUCCUGCAAUUUGGCCUUUGGGGUGGAACACCUACAAAACCAAGAAUUGCAUUUGCAAUUGAGUUUUUUGAAUUGGUUCAUUCUGUGCAGAUGGAAUGCCAGGCAUCAAUAAAAAGCAUUUGUCAGUCAUUUGAAGAGUUUAAUCAUAACCACAUAUUUUCUUCUUAUGCAACACCAAAAAUGUAUCCUGUCAUUAUAGAUGCUUUUGAAGAAUACAGGUAAUUGCAUGUAGGUCACUGAUUUAUUGCACUGCUGUACUACGUAUGAAUUGCUGGGAAAGUUGCAGUCAAUUUUAUAGCCUAAGAAUCUCAUCUUAAGAGAUGUAUUUAAUUGGAGGAAAUCAAAAUGCUAAAGUUUAUGAUGGGAAAGGAUUUUUUCUCUAGUAUUACUGUAUUGCACUGUAUUUUGUUUAUGUCAUUUGU